CCGAUGGAUCGCAUCCACGGCUUCGGAGCCGGCGCGCAACCAACGGUUCGAACACAGUGGAGGCUGACUCAGCCAGAGCUGGAUGAACUUCGACGCCAGCUGGAUUACCUGCUCGAGAAAGGUUUCGAUCGCCCCAGUACUUCAUUGUUCGCAGCUCCGAUACUGUUCACCCCGAAGAAAGAUGGCGGUCUACGAAUGUGCAUUGACUACCGCGCCUUGAACCGGGUUACCAUCAAGUCUCGCUAUCCUAUUCCGCGUGCCGACGAACUCAUCGACCAACUUCGUGGGGCAAAGUUCUUUUCGAAAAUUGACCUGCGAGGCGGUUACCACCAGAUCCGUGUCAACGAAGCUGACUGCUACAAGACGGCGUUCCGAACCCGAUACGGGAGUUACGAGUACACGGUCAUGCCUUUUGGCUUAACCAACGCGCCUUCAACAUUCCAGUUAACCAUGAACGAAUUUUUUCGGCCGCUGCUGGAUAAAUGCGUCAUUGUGUACCUCGACGACAUCCUGAUAUACAGCACUACCCGGGAAGCACAUUUGAGGGAUUUGGAAGCAGUCUUCGCUCUCCUGCAGCAGCAUCGACUCAUCACCAAGGGUUCUAAGUGUGAGUUUCAGAAACAAGAACUGGAGUUUUUGGGACACGUUAUUUCCAUCGACGGUGUUAAAAUUGACCCGAAAAAAAUCGCGACCAUACAAGCCUGGAAGUCGCCGGCUAAUCUCCGCGAACUUCAAAGUUUCCUGGGGUUUGUGAAUUACGUUCGCCGAUUCAUCCCGAACAUGGUGGGGGUAACUUCCCCUCUCACGGAUCUUCUGAAGAAAGGCAAGUUUUAUGAGUGGGGGAGAGCAGCAGGCUGCGUUCGACCAACUCAAACUUUUCCUGACAACACCUCCGGUUCUUCGCAUUGCAGAUCCUCACCGUCCGACUUCGGCGAAGGCCUUCAACCCAUCGCCUACGAGUCACGAAAGCUGAAUCCGGCCGAGCGAAAUUAUCCCGUCCACGACAAGGAGUUACUCGCCAUCGUUCACGCGUUCAAGGUUUGGCGCUGCUACCUGACGGGCGCUGAUGUGACAGUCCGAACAGACCACAAAUCGCUACAGUUCAUCCGCGCCCAACUGACACUCAACCCCCGACAGAUUCGCUUGCUCGAUUAUCUCGACGGUAAUGACGCGAUUCUCGUCGUCGUUGACCGUUUGACCAAAAUGGCACACUUCGCCGCCUGCAAGACGACAAUCACUGCCGAGCAGACAGCGAAGCUGUUUCUCACGAACAUCGUGCGGCUAUACAGCAUCCCUUCGGCAAUUCAUCAGCGAUCGCGACCCUCGGUUCACGUCCAAUUUCUGGACAAAAACCUGGCAGCAGUACGGCACACGUCUACAUCUGCCCACGGCAUACCACCCGCAAUCGGACGGCCAGACUGGGCGCACCAAUCAGACGAUGGAGCAGCUGAUUCGUACAACUUGCACAGACCCCGGCCCCAGUGGGAAGAUUCUCUUCCAUUGGAGUUUGCGUACAACAACGCCCCAUCAGCCACGACUACUCUCCCCGUUCUUCCUUAAUUACGGGAUAGACCCGACAACCCCUCUA